AUAUAAACAUUAUACGAUAGAAAUUAACAAACAGCACAAUUAUAUUCAUAAUUAUACAUAAACAAAAAUUCAAAGUAUUUUAAUACAAGUGGUAAACUAUAAAACUGAUUUAUUCACCGCCUUCAAAGCUGUUGUAAACAAACGUUCAAAUGACCACGAUUGGCUUUGUUUUAAAAUGAUCAAUAAUGGAGUCGAUGUACUCUUAGCGAGGACAAAACAAGGGACCGAAGCGAUUGUACUUGGGUGAUGAAGGUGAAAAGAAAUCUUUGGCAUUGGAAAGAUACAGAUUCGGAAUAAAAAGGACUUAAACAUGGAUUCGAUAGACAGAAAUGCAAUCAACAUCAGUAUAAAAGAAGAAAAUGUCGAUCAUAGUAACGAUUUAGGAUAUGGAACUACUUCCGAAAAAACCAAGCAUUCAGAUACUGAGAUUAUAAGACCUUUGCAUCUUUUUUCUCAUAAUGAUGCACUCAAUCUCGUGCGAUCUAACGAUAUAUUAAACAACUCAUCUACAUUAAUUGGUAAUUAUGUAAAUCAAGGAAAUACAGGUAAAAUAAAAAUCAAAACUGAACCAAAUAGUGAUGUUAUAUCUAAAAAUAUUGAAAAGGAGAGUAAUGUUUACAAUAAUCAGAACAAUAAACUUGAGGAGAAAAUUUCAAAUGUAAAAGCACCAUUAAUAUCUACUGAGGAUACCCCAACUGAUACGAAAACAACAGAUUUGUUUCAGGACCUUUCUGUAUCUAGAUAUGAUGAGCAAAACAAAGGAGAAAAAUGUAACAUCCAACAUUCUUCUGGUUCAACAUCUAACGUAGUUCUGGAGUUUUGGGAGGUCGACAAAUCAGAAAUGUCGUGCAAUGUUGUGAAUAGUUCAUCACAGCUCACAGUAUACAAAGUGAAUGAAAAUGAGACCAGCCCUGAAACAAAACAGAAAGACAAUGUAACAUCACCAUUGGAUAUUUUAAAAUGUUUUAGGACAAAUUUAAAACAAAGUGCACAAUCAUUGAUUGAGGAAAACACAGGAAAUAAUGAAAUGCGUCAAAGAUGUCUUAGUUCUAAAGGAUCGGAUCAAAUACCUUUGACACCGGAUACAUGUAACUCAGAAAUAUUGAAAAAUACUACUGGGAAGCUUUUGUCGGAAAAGUCACUACCAUCAAUUCUUAAACAUCGACGAAAAGUCAAUAUAGUAUAUAAGAACAUAUCGGAACCAACUCAAACCAAGGUACCGAAGUGUUGUUCUGCCCCAAGGAAAAUAAAACCAAUCACGAAAGUAGAACAGCGGUUUUUACAAGAUGGUUUAGGAAAAGUUCAAAAUGACCAAGUAAUUGAUAAUGUAUUAUUAGAUAACGUUAAUAGAAGCGCUUUCAACCAAGUAGCAAACCAACAAACUUCACUGGAUCCUUCUGUCCUAUGCCCUGAACGGAUCGCAAUGUACUCAGAAAGUAUUGAUCAUGAUACUCCAAGGAUAAUACAACAAAAUGAUAUAGAACCAAAAAGUCCCAAAAACACUAGAAUUGUAUAUGUCAAAAAUAGUGUAGACAAGAGGUAUAUGGAAGAUAAUAAUAAAAGAAAGGAUUCACAACUUGUGCGUCCAGAAUUUGUAAAAUUACCGUCUCGGAUACCUGAUCAUAGAAAGAAGAACCUCAUGAGCAUACUACUUAAACCAGUUCCAAAUGUCUUACCCAAAAAUGCACCAGCUAAUGCAAGUAAAACAACUCUUCCUGUUCAAAAUUUACCAACAGCACCUGCAACUGACAUGGUGAGUUUAAUAAACAAUCCCCCUCAGUAUUCGAAUCCAGACAAAGACGCUGCAAAACAAGAUGCAAACCAGUCUUCAUUACAGUUUUUACCGACUGUCUCAUGCCCUGAACGAAUCGAAAUGUACUCAGAAAGUUUUGAUCAUGAUUCUCCAAGGCUACUACAACAAAAUGAUGUAGGAUUAAAAGGUUCCAAAACCACUAGAAUUGUAUAUGUCAAAAAUUGUGCAGACAAGAGGUAUAUUCAAGACAAAAAUGAAAGAAAGGAUUCACAACUUGUGCGUUCAGAAUUAAUAAAAUUACCGCCUCAGAUACCUGAUUAUAGAAAGAAGAACAUCAUGAGCAUACUACCUAAACCAGUUCCAAAUGUCCUACCCGAAAAUGCACCAGCUAAUGCAAAUAAAACAACUCUUCCUGUUCAAAAUUUACCAACAGCACCUGCAACUGACAUGGUGAGUUCAAUGAACAAUUCCCCGCAGUAUUCGAAUCCAGACAAAGGCUCUGCAAAACAAGAUGCAAACCAGUCUUCAUUACAAUUUUUGCCGACAGCUUUAUCACACAGCUCACUUCAGAAUAGUAUAGUUCUUUUGGGUCAAAACCAAUCAUACAGUAUUUUACCAGACAAUUUAAUUACUACAAUGCAGCCGAUUACUUAUAUUCCCUUGAUUGUCCCACUAGAAUCUAUCCCGCUGGAAUCAGCAUUAACUCCGCUACCUCUCGGCAGUAAGCCAUUUCCGGUAUCGUCUGCUCACUCAAAUCCGGUAACAUUUUCUAGCGAAAACUUGCAACAAAUAGCAGUUGAACAAAGGUUGAAUACUUCAUCAGAUGUUAUUGUAGUAGGACGUUCACCCGUUAACCAAACUAUUCAUCACAAUUCGAUUAAUAGCUCAGGAAAUUUAUCAAAUACAGUAGGCUUACAACCAAAUUUGUCUUUUUCUUCACUUGGUAAUAGCGUCCAACGCAACAUUUAUCUAAAACUCCGUCAUUUCAGGUAUCACAUGGGAACAUGGCACACACGCUUUCUUUUGAUGCAAAUGACCAUAAACAUUCACUACCAAAUGACAAUUCUUCACUCACAUCAGAAAAUCGACAAUUAUUAAAUUACCAGUUGGCACAAGGUUUGACAGGACGAUCAGAAAACAAUUCCAAUCAGUUACCAUUGGAAGAGAGUUUUGAUGCACAAAUAAAGUGUGAAGCAAAACAUUCACCUUUGGAUUUCACGCUAAAUGAUACAGUAACAGAGUCUUCCACUCACUCUUCAACAUUUAAAGCAGGCAUGAAUACACCAGAAGAAAGAAUUGACGAUAUAAGCUUAGACGAACUUAUUGGAACUCCGCAACACGUUAACUAUGAAACUCUACAAAAGUUGAAAAACAAUGUAAUACAAGAGCAACUGUUACGACCGAAAAUAAAUUGGAAAAAUCUGAGGCGUCCAAAAUAUUUAGGAAAUAGAUGGAAACGGAAAUGGCCUUCAUCAUAUCGCCUGUCUUGGAAGAAACGAAAGUACACAAUAACUAAACCACUUGUUUUAGAUAGAUUAAUAACAAACCCACUUGUUUUGAAUAGAUCAAAGAGAUGUUGUGCUGAUUGGUAUAAAGCUCCCAUGCCGUCAAAUGUUUUCCAUAAUGGUACUGAAGUGGAGUCACCUGAUUUGAAUAUUGUAGUAGAAUCAGUGUAUUCAUUAUCUAAUGUCUCUAAUGGAACUGACAAAGCAAAUGACGACCUUUUACACUGUAAAUGGUUUUUGAAAAGACAACGUUCAUAUUUUAUAAAUAAGUUUAAACGGAAUAUGAAAUUGUUUGGCAUUAGAAAUUGUAAAGAAUUUAUAGACCCGAAAUAAAGUGCUCCAUGUUUUGUUGUUCUGGAUUCAUUAAGAAACUGUCGGAAGACAACAUUAGGAAACUGUCGGAAGAAAACAAAGAUAUAUACAAAGAAAAUUCAGGCAUGCACGCGACAAUGCAGAGACAAGGUCGUAGCCGAUUUCUGCUAUAAAAUAUCCAAAGGAAAGAUUAUGAGGCAUUACAAGCAAGAAAUGGAACGGAACGAAAAUGAUAAUGUGUGAACCAGAUAUAUGACUGUGAUAAAAGAGGAUCGACAGAUCUUGAUAUUAUUACAGAUGAGAUUAUGACAUUAUUAAAAAAUGUUUUGUUCGUAAAUAUGGUUUAUAACUCAACAGGACAGACAAGUACACCGCUGCUAACAGAUAUCAAGGACCUGAUUCAGUUGUUUUCGAGAAUAGUGGAGACAAAUGAUAAUGAGUUCAGGCAAGCGAAAAUCGCGAAUAACUCAAUACUUGUAAAUGCUUCAGAAUUGGAAAGUGGUAAUGUAUCGGCGAUUGUAAAUGAGAAAUUAAGACAAGAACGCAAAAUAGAAGCUUUGCAGUUUCGAAAUUCUGAAUCAAAUACGCCACCGCCAGAUUUAAUUUUUAUACGACCUUUUGACUUUUUCGUCGUCCGAAGACGCAUUUGGUUUCCGGAUAAUAACUUUAGUUUUAUAAAAGAUAACAGUUGUUAACAAAUGAAAAUAACACUUUGUAAGUUUCGUUCGUCCAAAGCGCAUUUUUAUACGACCGUAAAAAAGUUUUUGGGUGGAUUUUUUUUUCAUAAAUGUUUUGUUUUUUUUCCCAAAAAAAUCUUCGAUUUUUACAUUGAUUAUUUCUGAUUUAUAUAUAAAAGCAACAAAUACUGAUAUGGCAAGUAAUACACUCCAAACAUGUUGUGUAAAUUAUUAUUUAUAACAGAUUAACUAAGUAUUGCACAAUAGCACGGUAUUGAGCAAUAGCAAGAAAUCUUCAAUUUGAAAAUAAAUACAAACCUUUUAACCAAUUUCAGUGGAAUUAAUUUUAAGUGUUUAAUUUUUGGGGGUUCUAACCUUGUAUUACUAAUUUGGGUAUUGGGCCCCAGUUUUAAAUUGGUCUACAUUGAGGUCCAAAGGGUCCAAAAUUAAACUUUGUUUAAUUUCACCAAAAACUGAAUUAUUGCGGCUCUAUGAUAUGCUGAAUCUUAUUGUGCAUUUAGAAUUUUUUUUGGGCCCUGUUUUCAAAAUAGUCCAUAUUAAGGUUUGAAGGGUCCAAAAUUAAACUUUGUUUGAUUUCAACUUAAAUUAAAUUUUUGGUGUGUUUUAUGUGCUGAAUCUAAUCAUGUUCUAAGAUUUUGGAUAUCAGUCCAAACUAGGUAAAUUAAAUGUCUCAUUUCAAAUUUUUAAGAUCUUUGACCACAUUAUUUUUUGUCAGAAACGUAUAUUAUGUCAAAAUUUUGAUCACAAUCCAAAUUCAGACACUAUCAAACUUGAAUAUUGUGUCCAAACUUGCCCCAUCUAUUCAGGGUUCGACCUCUGCGGUCGUAUCAGGCUGCCCUCGGCGAAGCAUUUUAUUAAUUUAUCGGAUGAUUUAUCUGUAAUUUUAUCAGAAUCGUCUGACGUUGAAAACGAAACGGAUGAAAUAAAGGCGAAGAAUGUGAAAGUAGCAACAACAAUGAUGAUAAUGACCUCACUGCCUUAAUUGCGAAGUACGGAUACACAGAAGAAGUUCGAGUCCCUGGUCAGACGUGUUUAGUGUUGAUUAUCGCAACGCAUCAGUGGAGACAGCUGCUAACAUCGAUUCGCCAUGUGCAAAUGAACACACAAUUUGUCUGCAAUUUCAAAUACUAAUUAAAAAAACAGAACGUUACAAAAACAACACCGAGGAGGAACGUUAAAAUGGUUUUCAAUUUGACACUCUAAUCAGACAACGAAGGAUAGAACCUUCAUAUAAUUUGCGAAAGAGAGCUCAUAAGGAAAUGUGUAAGUAUGACUCGAACAGCACACUUUCGUCUUGUUCUGAAGAAGAUCUGUCGGAAGACACAUCCAAUGUUUAGAUCUCUAUUACCGAAAGCAUUAUGCAACACUUACAAUUAAUGGAAGGACUAACUUUCCGACAGCAUGCAACAUUAUCCUACAGUUGAAAUAGUUGUCCCGAUCCGGAAGCUACAAGAAUUUAAAAGCAUGAAGUCUUAACGGAAUGUUAAAUCAAAUUUCUUAUAAACAUAAGAAAAAAAAGUAAGGGAGCUAUCCGAUCAGAAUCAAAUUGAUAGCUCAGUUAUAGAUAUUGAGAUAGUUAAUGACGUAGCUGACAAUCGCAACGGGAAACCCUUGUCCACAAAUGAUGUAGGUACGUUCAAGGAUGUAACCGAUCGGUUGGUCACGGAUAUUUUCCAAGAAUCACAGACAAUGGGUUAAGAAUUUUCGACAGAAAGCAAUUUGGAGACGAUCAGUCUAGAAGAUGAAAAUGAAAGUGAAAAAGAUGACAACUAAAAUAUUGUUAAGUUACAAUUGAUACGAUUAUUUCAUCGUAGAAAAGCAAUGUUUUAGAAAAAAAAAUCGACAAGUCACUACUUCAAAUAGUUUUAUAUAUUUGAUUAACGUAAGACCUGCUAGACGUAAACCUUAUGCAGGAGAAAUAUUACCGGAGAAACACUACAAUUAUUUAGUAUUACCGAAAAAACGGGAAAAUUUGAAAAAGAUUGAACAAUGUAUAAUAUAUUUUUGAAUAAAUUGUUGAAUUUCAA